CCAUCAGGGGCACCGUAAACUCUCAGCAUCACGUGAGCACUCGAGUUUCCUGUUGCUAUUGUAUUACACUUCCAUAUUUUUCACCUCAAAGAGCGUCUGUGAUGUAAACUACCGCGGUGAGUUCGCUCCUUCUGUGUGAUCUGUCCCCACGCACCGAGUCCGUUUAACAUCCUGCCUCGUCCUUACAGUCAAGGAGAACUGCUGAUCGCGGGGAAAAUGGCCAACAGUGUAGCUUUCCAGAGCAAGUUAACCUCGAUCAUGGAGAUGCUAACUAAAGCAGCCGUGGUGGAAAUUAGCAAACUGUGGGAGGACGGCUUCGCAUUGGUCCAGGUCGAGCUUCGGAGGAGAGAGAUUGAAAUCGAGGCUCUGAACAGAAAGUUGUUGUUGAUGGAAAAGGAGCGGUUAGCGGCUCGGGCUCAGUCUGCAAAUAACUCCUCAUCAUCUUUUUCCAAGAGAGAGCAGCAGAAUAAGCUGCUGCCGCCCGCCGGUGAUGGGCCUACGAUAGAGUCGGUCCAGACUUUGUCUUCGGAUCAGAGCGUGAGAGAUAAGGUGGAUGUUUCACCAAAUCAGGGAACGUCAUCACCUCCUCAAACAGAAGAGAAACGCAGUGAGCAGCGCAAAUCUGACAGUGAGGGCAAAGAUGACGAAGACUUAGUAGUCAAACUAGAAGACGAGGAUGACGUCCAGAUCGUGGAGCAGGUCGUGGACUCGGAUCACAGCGUUAACAGUGGAGCAGGUCCCCACGAGAUGAAUUUGAACCAGCAGCCUGCUGAGGUUGUGGAAGAGCAAGAGUCACAGCAGUGGCUGACUGUUUCGGUGGGAGACAGCGACACUGCGGAUGACUCGGAGUGCUUUUUCGAAACAAAGCAGUUGUCUCAAAAUCUGGACUCCGAAAUCUUGCUCAUUCAAAAUGCCUUGGACAUUUUCGAUAAUUCAGCAGAGGGAGCAUACUCGGACAGGUUUAUGAGGGACAAUGAAACGGUUCAAGGUGCAUCAAGUAAAUCAAGGGCACCUGUGACUUUCAGCCAGUCUCAGCCAAGUCAACCUAUAGAAGCAAUAAAUCACUCAGAGAGAGGAAUGUCCAUUAGAUUCCUCUCAGAAAAACAGCAACCACAGACUAAAAACAUGUCAACCUUUAACACAGACAACAGACUCUUUCAUUUAAACGACCCAGAGUUGCACAAAACUAUAGCGGGGCGCCGCAUUAGGGAGAAGUGGUACAUCUGCCCGUUCUGUGGGAAGAGCUUUGAUCGCAUCAGCCACCUCGAGAUACACCAGCGAAUUCACACAGGAGAGAAACCGUACACAUGCGACACGUGUGGCAAGUGCUUUUCUCAGAGGAGUAACCUUCGCACUCAUCAGAGGACUCACAAAGAGGCUCUCGCACAGAACGCAGUUUAAUUCAGUAGAUUUUGAAGAAAAGCUAGAAAUAUCUAAGUGGCUUUUAGAUCUAGAUUUAUUAACAAAUUCUGUUUGUUUUUUGAUAUUUCUGGAAAAAUAAUGUAGCAGACUGAUUUAACUGUGCCCUCUUUUUGUGAAAUAAACAAAAAUUUUGACACAGUGUGGCUUUUAAGAACUAAAACAGGAACAUAUGAACUGCCAGAAAAGAGGUUUUUAACACACAUAUGACAUACUAGGAACAUAUGACCUCUAAGACAUUCAGUUUAAGCUAGACAGGAAAAAUCCAGCAUCUAAUCGCUUAGUUUUCCUCGCCCUGAUGGAAAGAUGGUGAGGAAAAGUCACAAGACAUUUGAUAAAUUAGUUCACCACAGAGCACUAAGGAUGUAAAAAAAAGGACAAAGAAUUUGUUGGUCACCACACGACAGCCUAAAUUGUGUUUGUGAUGCUGCCUAAGCAGAAAAUUAAGAUAAACUAAGAUUUCAAUGUUCUGUUUGUAGAGGAAAAAAACAUGUUGUUCAGCCUUGCACUGCAGCUUAGAUGUUCAUGGGUCAGUCGAGUUAAAAUUUCCCCAUUCUGAAGAAUCUUUAACUUCCAAAACAUUCGGGUACUUCCUCCAAAGUUUUUCCACAGGAUCCAGAGCCAAUCGUGGUAGGAGAUAUAGACUUUGUAGCCCUAGGCUUAAGCCCUUCCCCGUACACACUUUGCUUGUUCACUUGGAGGGUCAGAAACAUUCAGUGUUGUUCUAAACCUAGCAUUAAAUAACGCCAUUUAAUGUAACAUCAGCCUUAAUUCAGUUUUAUCAACUCCAUUCCUUACAGUAAAACAUCAUUUUUGUCUGGUAUGUGGAGGGACAGGUACUUUCAGCUGCUCACUUAUUUCCCAAGGGGUCAUCACAGUGCAUGUUUGAACUGGCACCAAGUUUACAACUGCCAUCCCAACAAAAGACUCCCUGGCACAAAGAGUACGCAAGCUUGUAAUUCUCAGAGGCUGGGUUUGUGUGUCCUCUUGGGCUCAAAACAAAUGUAAGAGAAUUUAACAUAUACCACAAAUUUUAUAUAUCCUUAGGAACAAACUCCACAUGCUUACAGAUAUGAUUUCUGUAUUCUUUUUUUAAAAGCCUUAUGUCACGACCCCCUCUGCUAGGCGACAGGAGGGGAGAAACAUACACAAGCCCUCUCACGAAAUCUGAGUAAAUAAGGGGUUUUAUUACAAACAUUAAACUGAAAACCGACAGGGCUGUUCAACAGACCACCGGGGAAACAAUUAAUACACAAUGAAAAGAACAGGCAAGAGUAAAAGCUAAGGGUUAACUAAGGCAAGCUGGUAGCACACAAAAUAAAAGCUAAGGGUUAACCAAGGCAAGCCAGCAUCACAAAACUCUAAUGAAACUAAGUCUAGCUGUAUACCAGGUUUAAACAAAGAGCAACACAGCAAACAGGUUUAACAAACAAGCUUCACAUGCAAAGCAGACGAGGAGGCACUGCAUGUUCACUUCAGAGCAGCAGUUCCCCAUAGUGUGAAGGAUCUUCAGCCUUUUAUACUCCCAGGUGCAGACAAUCAGCCAGUCAAUUGGUCAUGGAGUGGUCAUGGGAUCUCCAGGCAGCCAAUCGUCCGCGAGGUCUGGCACACUUUUUUCUUUUUUUUUUUUGCCUGUCCCGUUUGGCUCUUUUGCCAUCAGAAUUAUUGUCUAAAGGCAAAGGCUUUGCCUUUAGCACACUGUGAUCUGGAUAAAAGAGGGCUGGCACAGGACUCCCAGCAGCCAAUCAUCCACGAGUCCUGGCACACUUAGAUUUGCAUGAACACAAAAGGGCAGUCUCACUCCCUCCAAGGCCCAGGGCUGUAACAUCUUUGUUAUUGAUUUUUUUUAAAUAAAAAUGGAAGGAGAAUGAGAAUUUUGAAGUGAUUGGCACCAUCUUAAUUCCAAUCUGUGUAAAACAUCAAAGACGCUGAGUGUAAGUUUCAUCACAGAGAUAAGGGCAUCACAGAGUUUUCAACUGUAUUUGUACCCAAUACUUUAAUUAAGACCCUUCAACAACCUCAAGAGUGACUACAUGUACACUCACAAUCAUCAAGCAGUAGGGGGCAGAUUCUAACUGGGCUAUAGUUGUAGGGUGACAGCCAAAGGUUUGCAACAGUUGUCCAUGUCAGCUCCAACCUUGGAGAGCAGCUGCAGCCUAGUGAAAUGAUAAUGUUUGGUUGUGUAGCACUUAUCAAUACCAGUAUUAAAAAAAUAAUCUUACAAUAUAAACGAGUCAGCCAUGGAGCCCUAAAAGCAGACACUUGAUCGCCUUUUUGGUUUAAGCAUGAGGUGGGAACAGUUAACAGGUUUCUGCCUGAGCAUCUCAGGCUGCACACUGGUCGGUACAGCAAACAGCUGUUCACAUAUAUCAGGUCUGGGGAUCUCCAGGCCUGAAGGGCCGGUGUUCUGCAGGUUUUAGAUAUCACCCUGGGUCAACACACCUGAAUAAAAUGAUUACUACAUUACCAGGCCUCUGGAAAACUUAAAGACAUGUUGAGGCGGUAAUUUAGUCAUUUAAAUCAGCUGUGUUGGAACAAGGACACAUCUAAAACCUACAGAACGCCGGCCCUUGAGGCCUGAGUUCCCCACCUCUUACGUAUAUAAUCUCGGUCCAAGCCUAAAUGCCUUUACAAGUAAUAAGUUAAAUCUUAAAAUCAAUUGUAAAAGUAUUGGACAUCCAGCAUCUGAUUCUUUGGGUUUUCUCUGUAAUACUGUAGGGUCUGUACCUUACAAUAUAAAGCAGCUUGUGGCGACUGUUGAAUUGAAUUGUAGAGGGGUAAACUGGGAUAAUAUGUUCACAUGUGCAAAAUGCAGUCUUACAGCUG